CCCUGGUCAGCUGCAGCGCUGUGAUCAGCGCGUGUGGAAAGGGCGCGCAGUGGCAGCGGGCUUUGUCGCUCCUGAGCGAAUUGUGCGAGGCGAGUCUGAAGCCCAACGUCGUCAGUUACAGCGCUGGGAUCAGCGCGUGCGAGAAGGGCGAGCAGUGGCAGCACGCUUUGGCUCUGCUGAGUGAGAUGCGGGAGGCAAAGGUUGAGCCCGACGUCAUCUUCAGCUUCAACGCUGGAAUGAGCGCGUGCGGCAAGGGCGAGCAGUGGCAGCGGGCUUUGUCGCUGCAGAGCGAGAUGUGUGAGGCGAAGCUGGAGCCCAACGUCAUCCACCUACAGCGCUGGGAUCAGCGCGUGCGAGAAGGGCGAGCAGUGGCAGCGCGCUUUGUCUUUGUUGAGCGAGAUGGUUGA